AUGAUGGUGGAGAGCCGCCUGCUUGUUCCUGGAGACAGAAUUAAUGGCACUCCCGGGAAGAUGAAUGGGGCACUGGAGCAUUCGGACCAGCCUGACCCAGAUGCCAUCAAGAUGUUUGUUGGUCAAAUUCCACGCUCUUGGUCAGAGAAAGAGCUCAAAGAACUAUUUGAGCCUUAUGGAGCAGUUUAUCAGAUCAACAUUCUCCGAGACCGCAGCCAGAAUCCUCCACAAAGCAAAGGCUGCUGUUUUGUCACAUUUUACACAAGGAAAGCUGCCCUUGAAGCCCAGAAUGCACUGCAUAACAUAAAGACCUUAACAGGGAUGCAUCACCCUAUCCAAAUGAAACCUGCAGACAGUGAGAAAUCGAAUGCCGUUGAAGACAGGAAGUUGUUUAUCGGGAUGGUGUCGAAGAAGUGCAACGAGAAUGACAUCCGGGUCAUGUUCUCCGCGUUCGGCCAGAUAGAAGAAUGCCGGAUCCUUCGAGGGCCAGAUGGACUGAGCAGAGGGUGUGCGUUUGUCACCUUUUCGACAAGAGCCAUGGCACAGAAUGCAAUCAAAGCCAUGCACCAGUCGCAGACUAUGGAGGGCUGCUCCUCUCCCAUAGUGGUGAAGUUUGCAGACACACAGAAGGACAAGGAGCAGCGGCGUCUGCAGCAGCAGCUGGCACAGCAGAUGCAGCAGCUCAACAGUGCCACCACCUGGGGCAGUCUGACGGGCCUGGGGGGCCUCACUCCACAGUACCUGGCUUUGCUUCAGCAGGCCACCUCUUCUGGAAACCUUGGAGCCUUCAGCGGGAUCCAGCAGAUGGCCGCAGGUACCACGGCCAGCUCCAACGCCGGUGCCAUGAACUCUCUGACCUCUCUGGGCACCCUGCAGGGUCUGGCAGGAGCCACUGUGGGCCUCAACAACAUUAAUGCACUAGCAGGUAGUGUUAAUAGUAUGGCGGCUCUAAAUGGAGGUCUGGGUGGUGCGGGGCUCACCAACGGCACAGCAGGCACUAUGGACGCUCUGACACAGGCCUACUCAGGGAUACAGCAGUAUGCCGCUGCUGCGCUGCCCACCCUCUACAGCCAAUCACUGCUGCAGCAGCAAGGGGCCGCGGGCAGCCAGAAGGAGGGUCCCGAAGGCGCUAACCUGUUCAUCUACCACCUGCCGCAGGAGUUUGGAGACCAGGACAUUCUGCAGAUGUUUAUGCCUUUUGGAAAUGUGGUGUCUGCCAAAGUCUUUAUUGACAAACAGACAAACCUUAGCAAGUGCUUUGGCUUCGUCAGCUACGACAAUCCUGUGUCGGCACAGGCUGCCAUUCAGGCCAUGAACGGCUUCCAGAUCGGCAUGAAGAGGCUGAAAGGUGUAUCUGCUCCCCUGUUAGCACUGCUAGGAAACACCCAUCUCCAUGCCUGUUAG